GCUCUGAGCAGCUAUACCAGAAGGAUGCCGUCGUUCAUAGAGUUUGCAGAAGAGCCCCAAAUAUACCUCGAAGAGUUCCUGGCCGAUAUUGAAAGCCUGGCACCCGAGGUCAAGAAGAGUUUUGCCGAGCUGAGGGAUAUCGACGACGAGGUCCAGGACAUCAUCGCCAGGGUAUCUACGAUACAGCACCAGCUGAAGCAUGCCGGCGAUCCACUCGAGCCCUCGAAGCGGCCAGGCCGGGAACAGAGCAUGUUGGGGUCCAUCGAAAACGGAUACAAGCAAGCCGAGGAGCUGAUAGAUCACAAAGUCGAGCUGGUCGACAAGAAUCUGGCAAUGCUGGACCAGUUCCUGAAAAAACUCGAUGCCGACCUGCAGAAGAUGGGGGCACAUGCGGCCGCUCAGGCCGAAGCCAUCAAGGAGGCCGCUCUCGUCCAAGCACUCCAAGAGGAAGCUGACCAUCUUUCUGUCUCGGAUAGGGACAAGUUCAAAACACCAUCGCGGCCGAGCUCCAGUCGCAGCCGGCGAGCUCAGCCUUCAUUACCCCGCAGCCAUUCGCCGGUGCAGCGUCCCUCUCUGAAACGAGUACGGACACCAAGCCAGGAUGACGAAGAUGACGACGACAAUGCAGACUCGGAGCAGCUCUACUGCUUCUGCAAACAAGUCAGCUAUGGCGAUAUGAUCGGCUGUGACUCGCAGACCUGCGAUGUCGAGUGGUUUCACCUGGACUGUGUGGGUCUGAGCGAGCCACCGUCAGGGGAGUGGUAUUGUCCGAGAUGCAUCGAAAAGAGCACCCGGAAGCGGAGCCGAAGUCACCACUGAUUCUUUUGGUCGAUACGGCGUUGUUUGGGUGGGAGCCCUUACUUCCUCAGUUUUUGGGUCUUUUUGUUUUGGUGCUUGCGUUACUUCGAGCAUGAUGAUCACACUCCCUCCGCCAUGUGGUUUUCGUCCCUCGCUUCGCUUUACUUCACGGAGUGCGACUGCUCUCCCUGUUCCCCACAUUCUCAGCCCCCACCCCCAUUU